CCCGAAUGACGAUGUGUUCAACACACUCGGCUUUUCUGGCUGAUCGCCGUUUCACCAAGUGCACAAUUUCGUCCAAUCGGAGCUCAGACCGCGUCCGUCACUUCUCUCCCGCCCAUCUGUACUCUAAUUGGCUGAUGGGUACAUCAAUUUUCACACUCCCGUCUGAAUUAGAAUUUGAUGACAAUCUGUCCUUCCUGUGAUAUAUAGGACACAGUGGUCGACAACACCUAGGGGGCUGCAUUUAAAACCGAGGGACGAGUGGGAAGAGGCAGGCGCCGAUGUAUGUUUAAGAAACAGCAUACUUGAAAUAACUUUCAUCAUGAGCAUGAAUUACCCAUCAGCGGGUCCCACACAGAGGUCGACGUCGUUUUUUAUUGAAGACAUUUUAUUGCACAAACCUAAGCCGUUGAGAGAAGUUAUUCAAUCGCCUUUCUGUAGCCCCGUGGCCUCUCGGAUGCCAAUUCUGGAGUAUGGAUACCCAUUGAUGCCGACGCCAGUUUUGGCCCCUCAUCCACACCAUCCGCUCCACAAACCAGAACAUCACCAGUACUUCUUUACAUCUGGCAUGCAGAUGCCCGCCUUGUUUCAACACCACGCAGAUUUACCAGGGAAGCACUGCAGACGCAGGAAGGCCAGGACGGUUUUCUCCGACUCGCAACUCUCUGGCCUGGAGAAGAGGUUUGAAAUCCAGCGGUACUUGUCCACACCGGAGAGAGUGGAGCUUGCCACUGCGCUUAGCCUUUCAGAAACACAGGUGAAAACGUGGUUUCAGAACCGACGUAUGAAGCACAAGAAGCAGCUGAGGAAAGCCCAGGAUGAGCACAAGACACCCGGGCAAGUGGAGAGAACGGCAGGGAAUUCGAGCGAGAGCGAAUUGACCGAGAAGAGCGGCAAGGAACUGAAAUGCCCACUGGAGCGGGACACGUAUUUGCUGGAAGAAAGCGAUGACGAUGUGGAUAUCGAGGAUGAUAUUUGCUCUCCGGAUCAUCUCUUAUAGUAGGCUGCAUGGCUGUUUAAUACGCAGCAUUAUUGUAUACCUUUACCUUUGUAAAUAAUAAUAAUAAUUUGUCAUUACAAAUGUUUACCGUUGAACAAUGAUAGACCUACUGUGAUGUUCAUUCAUCCACCUGCAAAAAAAAUCAUCUCUGCAAAUAAAUUGGAAUAUAUAUGAUGGGAUCUAACACCAGUGUCUAAUUCAACUACAAAUUGUUGACAUUUAUGACGUAUUUUGUUCAUACUGGCGGCUUAAUUACACACCGGCGAAUAGCUCUUUUUCGUAAGUUUAUUUGAUUCAGAUUUGUAUGCAUUUUUUUUUUGUCAUUGCUAAAUUUGUGCUCUUUACUGGCAUUUAAAUGACUGUGCUUUGGUUUCCUUGCAAAUUCAUUAUGCAUGUUGAAUCAGAAAUCCAUUUUGUGUUCCGUUAAUUGGAGCCUAUUUGUUUACUUUGAAGAGGAAGUCGUUCUUUUCUCGGCCACUUAUUUAAAUCAUUCGUAUAAACCAGCUGUUAUUUACCAUAUCGGGCACAAUUAUUUUACUCCGUGUGUCAUCUAAUACUGUCAUCUCUAAGGUCGACCAGUUCCAACUGCAAAUAAGUCUUUUCAGGGCCCAAGUUACAGAUGUUAUUCCAAUCACGUAAACAAACAUCUUGAGCCCCGUUUUCAAGUAUGCGCGACCUGCUCUGUUCAGUCUGUUGUGUGUUGUGCUUUAAAGCAAGUGGCAAAUACAUUCAAAUUACGCAUCGGAAAAGGAAAACGGCCAAUGUUAAGGACGCACGCGGCCUGUCUAUUUUCACAGG